UCUCUCGCUCAUAUUCAAAAAUCACAAUGUGCAGUGCCGAGGAGUCCCAACCUUGUCUUCUACCAAACUGAACCAAAAUCAAAAUUUUAAUGUAUCCGGACCCUUUAAUUUUUUCCUAAAACUACCACCCUACUCUUUGUCAAUAAUAAACAUUUCUAAUGGGCUGGCAUCUUUCAUACAAUGGGCCAAUCUUUUUGAAUUUAAUUUUUGACAUAUAACUUAACCAUCAUAAUCGUAAAUGGCAUCUUUUAUUUAGGGGCGAAUCUAUUGACUUUACUCUAACUUGAAAUGUAAAACCAUAUUUCCAGAGUUUCCAUACCAUGUUAUAAAACCAGAUUUCGAGAAUUUCCAAACCAUGUUACGAAAUUUUCGCUGACAAUUGCAAGGAACUAAGAAGCAGAAGCAAAUGGGGAGGUUGUCGUUCCCUCUAGAAGCAUUUAUACUAACAAUUUUUUUGCUGCCGCUGGAAUCCCCAGUCUCCGGCGCCGGGACCCGAGGGGGCUACUGGAAGAGGAAGAGGCUGAGCAUAACCCCGGUAACGAUAACUGAACUCCACUUCUACUUCCACGGCACAGUUAGCGGACGGAACACCACGGCCGUCAAGACCGCCAGCUCGCCAGCCCCGGCCAAUUUCCCGACUCAGUUAGGCGUUCCCAUGUCAUUGGACUAUCCACUGACCCAAGGGCCGGAGCCCACCUCCAAAAUGAUAGGAAAAGGCCAAGGAAUGUACGAAGCGGCGGAGAAGACGGCCCUCACCUACAGCUUCACCGAUGGGGAGUUCAUGGGGAGCACGUUGAAAUUGAUGGGGAGGAACUCCUCGUUCCAUCGCGGGGGAGCGAUGGCGGUGGUUGCAGGAACAGGAGCGUUCAGGUUUGCUCGAGGAUACGCCUUCGCCAAGACACGUUCGUCGAGUCCCGCCGGGGACGCCGUUGUGGAGUACGACGUCAUCGUCGUCCAUUGAUCGGAAGUCGUCUGGUCUUUGCGAGCGUCAGUUUGGUAGCAGGGAUUUCUUUUUCCAUGAUUCUUGGGCAUUUGUUCUGUGCCUUUAUAUUUUCGUUAGAAGAAUAUUGAUUUGUCUUAUUGGUGGUAACUUUCGUACU